AUGUCUGAUCCUAUUAGCGCGUCCGAUCCAUCGGCUAUCGUGGAACAGCUGCAGACUCUCACCGACAACGAAGGUGAUUUAGCAGAUACAGCAUUUGCAGUCAUUGAACAGCAGCAGGAGCAGGAGCAGCAGCAUGUUAUUCAGACUCAGCAUGAAGCCGAAUCAUCUUCCGAGAACCAAAUUCAGUCACAAGCUCAAAUUCAAGAACAGUCAGAAGACGCACAAGAAUUAGAUAAAGCAACAGAUAUCAAUGAAGCUGAAAAUGUCCUGUUAGACAACGCAGAAUCCAUGGAGAAUGUGCUUGAAGAAUCCAUACCAGAUGCACCAAUCCAAUCCUCAAUCCCAAUUUCAGAUCCGAUCAACAUUGAUCCCAGUCUCACUUCCACUUCUAUCGCUACUUUGGAUGACUCCAGUCAUAUCGCCGCAAUCGCAGUACAGCCCGAUGGAAUAGCAGCUGAAGCGAAUCAAUUACUCAAUGCUGUUGAAGCAGAUCUGAAUAAUCCUGUUUUACCCGAAUCUAUGAUUUCACCAGCUCAUGAUGUUAUCACUGAAACAGCUAAUGAAGAAGAUACAAGCAAGAUCAUUGUUGAUAUUGAAGAACCUACUGCUGAGAAUGUGGCGGAGGCUGCUAUGAAUCCCGAGAAUGAUACAAAUAAUAUAAUCAGUCAACAUGGAAAUGAUAUAGAAGGGACAUUGGCACCCUUACCUACUCCUGCCAUCGUAGAUCCAACAGUAAAGACAGAGAUACCUGCCCCAGUAGCAGCUGUCCGUUCAUUAGCACAGGUACCACCGACGGAUCUCAAGCCAAUCCAAUCUGAUAUACCACUCCCAGAAGGCUUGUCGGUAUCUUCUCCAAGUGUAGUGAAUAACAGAGACUUGAUACAAGCAUGGCAAUCAGACUCUAAGAAUCCUACCCUUCUUUUAUCGCUUUUCAACUGGGCCAUGCAAAAGACUGAGAUUGCAGAUGCCAGAGCAUGGUACACGGCUUUAGCAGUUGACAACCCCACCGCAGUUGAACCUCUCCUUGCCCUUAUCAACCUUGAAUUAGCCCUAUCGAAUUUUCCCCAUGUGGAAGGAUUAUUCGCCAAAGCUCUCAAAGGACCUUCAGGAGGCGUCACAGCUGCUGCAGAUGUCAGCAUAUGGAAGGCGUAUCUUCACUACAUUCGACGACAAAAUCCUAUCAUCGAGAGCUCUCCAAAUGCCGAGACCGUUCGGGGAACUAUCACGAAAGCGUACGAAUUCGCGUUGAAGGAAUGUGGAUUUGACAGGGAGAGCGGUGAGAUCUGGGAAGAGUACAUCAAGUUUAGUUCCGAGAGUCCAGCCAAAAAUCAAUGGGAGAUACAAGCUCAACAAGAUACACUUCGAAAACUCUAUCAAAGAGCAGUCUGUAUCCCUUUGAACAAUUUGGAAGCAUUAUGGAAAUCAUAUGAUUCAUUUGAGUCAUCAGUCAAUAAGGCUACGUCAAAGAAAUUCUUGGCAGAGAGAUCACCUGCAUAUAUGACUGCCAGAACAGCUCUGAGAGAAUUAAGAGCCCUGACUGAUCCCUUACCUAAACCAAUCUUACCACCCAUACCAACUUUCAACGAGCUCGAUCGAGCUGCAGUUGCAGGUUGGAAAAGUUAUUUGAAAUGGGAAGAAAGUAAUCCAUUGGUCAUAGAGGAUGAAUCGAUCUUGUCUGCAAGGAUAGGUUACGCAUUAAGAAAAUGUUUAAGUGAAAUGAGGCACUUCCCUGAGCUAUGGCACUACGCAGCAAUAUACUACUCACAGCAGAACAAGAAGGAGGAAGCUACUGAAAUACUGAAAGCCGGAGUUCAAGCCUGUCCCAAGAGCUUCCUACUUACUUUCGCAUUGGCUGAACUUCUUGAAGAACAAUCGCAAAUCCCAGCCACACACGAAUUAUUCCAAAACUUUUUAGCAUCACUCAGUCCCGAGAUCGAUGAAUUGAGAAAGGUCAUCGAAAGGGAAGUUGCUAAUGCGAAAGGACCUGAAAUACCUCCUCCUGCAGGAUUAGGCAACGACAUCACGAUGGACGGAGACGGUAUCUCAGAAUAUCAACGUAUGGUAGAAGAACGUGAAAAUAGGGGGAAACUGGUCGAAGAAAGAAGAGGAAAAGAAGUUGAAGAAUUGAUGAAAGGUGUCAAUGUUGGUUGGAUCAUGUAUAUGAGAUUCGCCAGACGUGUAGAGGGAAUCAAAGGCGCUAGGGCUAUAUUUGGAAAAGCCAGGAAAUCAGCUUAUCUCACAUGGCAUAUAUUCGAGGCGUCAGCUAUGAUGGAGUAUCAUGGAAACAAAGAUCACGGUGUUGCCAUCCGAAUUUUCGAGUUGGGUCUUAAACUCUUCAGCGAAGAGGUAGAAUACGUUAUAAAGUAUUUACAAUUUUUGCUCAGUGUGAACGAUGAUACAAAUGCUCGAGCAUUAUUCGAGAGAUCAGCACUCAAGAUCCCUCCCAGUUCUUCCAGACCGCUAUGGGAUACAUGGGCUCGAUACGAAUACCUUUAUGGCGAUUUAUCAGCAGUACAUAAACUUGAAAGUCGGUUCAUUGAAGUGUUCCCUAACGAUUCACCUCUGAAGAGGUUCGCUCAAAGAUAUACUUAUAAUGGGAUUGAUCAAAUCGCAAUACGUGAUCUUGGAUUUUCAUCAUCUAUUCGAUCAUCCAUCCAACCCAACCAUAUCCAACAAUCUCUGCCUGUACCUAGUGCCUCAACUUCUGCUCAAGGUCAAGCUCAAGGUCAAAUUGGAAUUGGCAACCCUCCUCCUGUACUUGCUCCAACAGGUAUCGCUUCUCCUGGAGGCGGGUAUAAACGAUCCGCACCCGAAUCUCCUCAAAGAGAGAAUCGUAGAGGAUCCAUCGAUAGAUCACCUAAAAGAUAUCGAGGAACUCAUUCACCUCCUCCUCCACCUAGAAGAUAUCCCGAUCGAGAACGAGAAGUUGCACCGCAUCCACCUCAUAGAGAAAGAGAACGAGAUCGGAAUACAAGUGGAAGAUUUAAUCAACCUUCUUCUUCCCUUCCACCUAACGGAAGAGAUAGAUCACCAUUCACAAACACAAACAAUCCGACACAACCUCCAAUCCCUCAAAGAGGAUCAGUACCACCUCCAGGAUAUGGUACACCCAUUGUACCUCCGCCUUCUUCAACAUUGGGUAUACCACCAGCUGCAUUGGAUAGGGAUAGAAGUGGUCUAGGUAAACCAUUGAUUUGGUUCAUAGGUAAUCUACCUACCGCGCGAGCAUUUGAUGGCCCGAUAUUCAGACCUGAUGAUAUCGUGGGGUUAUUCUCUAAUAUAGCUCCUAGCGGAUUAGGUAUACCUGCAUCUGGACCCGGUCCAGGUGGACCACCUAUCCCUCCUCAACCACCUAUGCCAGUGAGAGGAGGUUACCCAGAUGCCGAUAGGAGAUAUGGUGCAUUACCUCCUAGAAAUGGCCGGUAUUAA